GGUUCGCAAUCUCGUUGGGAGCCACUCACUGUGGAAUUAUGGCACGGCAGCCUCAUCCACUACAACAAAAACUUCAAAGGUGUAGAUUGCAUUGUGAUGAGCGAAGUGAUCGAGCAUCUCUCGCCGGAAGUUUUUGACAAAUUCAUCCCUAUCGUCUUCGCUAUGUACAAUCCGCGCGUGAUUGUCAUUACGACACCCAAUCACGACUUUAAUCGUUACUUUGAUACAUCGAGCCCUCAAUCUGCCUCUUAUCGAUUCCCUGAUCCUACCGGCCGCACCUCACGUAUCUUUAGAGAUGACGAUCAUAAAUUCGAAUGGACUGAGGAUGAAUUCAAGGGCUGGUGCGACAAAACUAGUCAAGAGUACGAAUACGAUGUUGAGAUCACUGGUUGUGGUUCA